AUAAAAAUGUACGACAGCAACAACAACAACCUCAUCCAGUUCCAGCAAAAGGGGUUUACUAAAAUUUGAGGUGUGAAAUAGUUUGCUUAGCGGUGUUGAGCCAAAGCCUUUCUCUGCUUGCUUCUUUAUCUUCUACAACAAAGCUAAACCCCAGCAAUAUUUUGUUUUACAGUACAAUGUAUGACUUUUAAGUAUAAGCAGCUCAUAUAGAGAGAGAGAAACACACAGUGAGAAUAUACUAACUGUCAACAGACACUACUGUAGUUAAUAAUAAUCCAUGGAAGCUGGAAGGAAUUUGCUCUCUUCAACGCAGUCUUUUCCUCUCAGAACCCACCUUAAAAGUUGUCUUGCCUCUCCUUCUUCUGCUUCAGUUUUGAUGCUUCAUGAGCAAGCAGCUCCUGCUGUUACCUCUAUGCCAAGCACUUUGAUAGCUCGACGAUCUCCUACCUCAGUUCUAUUACAAGAACAGCAUGAUGAAAAUGGGCUUCUGUUGCACAUGUUUAAGGAAGAUACAGCACCGCGGGCAAUGUUAGAUAAAAGGCAGAUGGGGACUGGGGCCUCAGUCCAUGAAGAGAAAAACUCUGGCAACUCUGACCAGUUGGUGCAAGACUUUGAGCGCCAGUUGCUUCACUGGCCUGGUUUAUGGCAUUUGUUCCCAUCCUUGCAAACAGGAAAAAAUGCACACUCUUCCUUGUCACUGCAGCCUGUUACUACUGAUCUGGAGAAGCCUAUAGAUGUUGAACUGUGUAAUGUAGUUGCCAUUGCUAAGAAAGCUUUGUCAGCAUCUAAAGAAGCAGCCUUACUAGCAGAGGACUCCAUAUUAAUUGGUGCUGAUUUUGAUGAUUCACCUUCUUCGGAUUCUGGGUCUAGAAGUUUGGUGAAUUUACCACUUGAGGAGGAAAACACGGUAAGGUCAACACGGCUUCUGGAGAGGCGAUCUAAGAAGAGAAGGGUGCCAAAGUCGGAAGUUAUGAUUCAUGAGACUUUCAGUACUAGAAAUGUUGAUGUAAAGAGAAAGAUUCGUGAAGGGUUUGAUCCAAAUGAUCCCCUUCGGUUGUUCUUGUGGGGUCCUGAAACAAAACAACUUUUGACUGCUGAUGAAGAGUCUAAAUUGAUUGCCCAAGUACAGGAUUUAUUGAAAUUAGAGGAAGUGAAGAGCAGGCUCCAAUCUCAUUUUGGCCGUGAACCAACAUUGGUUGAAUGGGCUGAAGGAGCGGGGCUUAGUUAUCGGGUCCUGCAGUCAAAACUUCACUCUUGUAACAGCAGUCGGCAAAAACUGAUUUAUGCGAACUUACGGAUGGUGGUUCACAUUGCUAAACAGUAUCUAGGGCGUGGUCUCAGCUUUCAAGACUUAUUACAGGAGGGCAGUAUGGGUCUUAUGAAGAGUGUUGUGAAGUUUAAACCCCAAGCUGGUUGUAGGUUUGGAACUUAUGCCUACUGGUGGAUAAGGCAAACAAUUAGGAAGGCCAUAUUUCAACAUUCCAGGACAAUUCGUUUGCCGGAGAAUGUACAUACCCUCCUGGGCAAGAUAAUGGAGUCAAAGAGAGUACUCAUUCAGGAAGGAAAUCAUCAUCCAACCAAGGAAGAUUUAGCACGACAUGUCGGGAUUACACUUGACAAGUUGGAGAAAUUGCUAUAUAACACAAGAAUGCCUCUUUCAAUGCAACAGCCUGUCUGGGCAGACCAAAAAACAACUUUUCAAGAGGUAACUGCGGAUACUGGGAUUGAGAUUCCAGAUGUGAGUGUGGCAAAGCAGCUGAUGAGGCAGCAUGUGCGCAACCUUCUAAGCAAUCUCAGCCCAAGAGAGAGGAAGAUAAUCAGGUUGAGGUUUGGUAUUGAAAAUGGUGAACAAAAAUCAUUGGCAGAAAUUGGGAACAUGUUUGGGUUGUCUAAGGAGAGGGUACGGCAGCUGGAGAGCCGAGCAUUGUAUAGGCUCAAGCAGUGUCUUGGUAGUGAAGGACUUGGGGCAUAUGCAGAUUUGCUUGUUUAGUUGUUGAAUGACACAGCUACCAUGGAUGUGGUGUUCUUGCCAUAUGGUUAGGUUUCUGGUAUUUUAAAAGACCAAUGUAAAUCUGCUGUUAACAACUUUUGGCUCUUGAAGGUGGAUUUACCUCCAGCCGUGGCUUCAAAUCUGGAGGGUGUCCCAAAUUGACCUUAGGCUAGCUGUUCAAGAGGUCAAGCUAGCCUAGGAUAGAACUCAAGUUCUUCAAAUGUUAAUAUGUUGUGAGGUAAAAUUGUAUUCUUCAAGUGAAUAUGUAUCUAUUUCUCCUACAGCUACAUGUCAAGUAAUAUAACUCACUUUGCCAACA